AGAGCGUGGCGUGCGUCUGCACACAGACAGACAAAGACGGUGAACCGGAGGAACAGGAGAACGCGCUUUAUUCCUCUCUCGCGUUGAAAACGGCCAGAAAACAAUGAGCAGAGCGGCGUCGAGGCGGGACGCGUGAUUUUACCGCGCGCUGGAGUUUGUUUUCUUUUAUUGAUGCUUUUAAAACGGACUUUUUCUCCAACCGCCCCCCAACAAUUAGCAGCUCCGCUAGCGGUUAGCAUCAUCAUCACCCUCAUCCUCCAGAAAACACGAGAUAAGAGCGGCAAGCGGCGCGGGAGGACUUAAGUUCUGGUUGGGUGUCUGAUGCACACGCGGGAUUACUAUGCCCAGUCCCUUGUUUCAUCCCGAUAUCAUGGAUCACGAGAUGGUUGUGAGCAGCACCGGGGCCCGGGAGAGCGAGCAGGAGUCCCGGGACGAGGAGCAUCAGGAGGCGCUUCGCUUCGCCCUGGAUCAGCUGUCACUCAUGGCUCUGGAGAAGGUGGACUGUCUGGACGGGACCACCUUGGAGAACUGUAACGGAGGGGGUCCCGGUGGUUACGUGGACCUGCAGAUGCUCGAGCACUCGAACGGCUCGCGGGAAUCUCCCGGUUCCUGCUCGCCCUCUCCGGAGUACGGGUACCACAUGGCCAGCCCGCACUCCUCCUCCAUCCUCGGGGAACAAAGCUCGAUGCUCCGCAAGAGAAGUGUCAACAUGACCGAGUGUGUGCCCGUGCCCACGUCAGAGCAUGUGGCGGAGAUCGUCGGCAGACAAGGUUGCAAGAUCAAAGCUUUGCGUGCAAAAACAAACACCUACAUCAAAACCCCCGUGAGAGGAGAAGAGCCCGUGUUCAUCGUGACGGGUCGCCGCGAAGACGUGGAGAUGGCGAAGCGAGAGAUCAUCUCAGCAGCCGAGCACUUCUCCAUGAUACGAGCCUCGCGCUGCAAAGCGGGCGCUAGCGGGCCCGGCACUAGCGGCUCCCUUCCUGGCCCGCCGAACCUCCCGGGACAGACCACCAUCCAGGUGCGCGUUCCCUACAGAGUCGUGGGUCUAGUGGUGGGACCCAAAGGAGCCACGAUCAAACGCAUCCAGCAACAAACGCACACCUACAUCGUGACGCCGAGCCGAGAGAAAGACCCGGUGUUCGAGGUCACCGGGAUGCCGGAGAACGUCGACCGCGCGCGGGAGGAGAUCGAAACGCACAUCACGUUACGCACCGGCGCAUUCGUCGACCUCCAAGGCGAUAACGACUUCCACAGCAAUGGGACGGAUGUGAGUUUAGAAGGGCUCGGGGCGCUCGGGUUUAGCAGCGCGCUUUGGUCGCGCGCGACUCAUUCGGCUCCGCCGCCGCCGCCUCCUCUGCCGCCACCAUCGCAACUUCACCAAUCCACACGCAAAAUGUCAUUAUCAAACGCCGCAGAGUCGUUCUCGGUGACACGCCGCACGGCAGACGCCGGAAGCCCAACAAGCCCCUUUAGCACGAGCAGCGCCGGUGGGAGCUUCUCAUUCGCCGGCGGCGACUCGACUCCGAAUUUGCCGGCGACCACCGAAGAUUUGGGUUUUGAAUUCGGCGCCGCUAACAUCUGGGCUCCGUUCAUCAACGGCGCGAAACAGCAGCCGGUUCGGCGUAACAGCAGCGGCCUUAGCAACGGCGCCGUAACCCCGCGGCUAUCGCCCGACCCGGAUCACCCGCUAGCUCGCCGCGCUCAAAGCGACCCGCUUAGCGCCCUCUCCUGGUUGCAGACGAGCGGCGGCGGUGGGUCGUUCUCCGGCGGUAGCAGUAGCAGUAGCGGCGGAAGCACCACCGGAUACUCCUCCUGCUCGGGGUCGUCGCUCCCGGGUGGCUCGCCAACUGACUCUGAAGGCGGUGGAAGUGGUGUUGGCGUCGCUUCUACUAUGUUGGGUCGUCUGAAAGCGGGCGCCCUGGCGGGAUUGGUGCCGCGAGACUGUUACGUGUGUUGCGAGAGCGAAGUGACGGCUGCGCUAGUCCCGUGCGGACACAACCUCUUCUGCAUGGAUUGCGCCGGGCAAAUCUGUCAGUCGCAAGAGCCCGAGUGUCCCGUGUGUCACAUUCCUGCCUCGCAGUGCAUCCGGAUCUUCUGCUAAACUAUUAAAGACUGAGUAAUUAUUAGAUAUGACACUAUUCUGAUUUAUUGACAACAAUAAUAACGAUGAUGAUGAUGA